AUGGACAUGGCUCAGCAAUCCUACUUUUGCCUCCUCACUGCCUUACAGCUCUCUAUCCUGCCAAAUCUAGAAUUUCUGUCAAUUGACCUCUACGAUGGAUUAGACGGCUUUGGAUCUAGACUGCUAAAUAGUGGCGAACUUCUACUACCAUACCCCUACCUGCCACAAGUUGUUGCAGCCCACCCCAGUCAUUUUGCAAGGCUCAGCACUAUUGUUUUCCUGAGUCCAUAUCAUUAUCGACAAGAUAGUCUUGGACUGGAGCAGGUUUCUUUUUUAUUUCCUGUUCUAACUAAUAAUCGAGUGGCCUUCUUUGACCGUUUGCUUGGUGAAAAGGAUAAUCGGUAUCAAGAACCACACCCGCCUGCUCCUAGCCCCGAGCUCGGUUGGCCCGCUCUACCUUCUCUUGAAGAGAUUUACUUUAGUCCAUGUGCACGCCCAAGCGACCCCGCGCCGCUUGUGGCGAUAUCCAAGCUGAUGCAGCGCUGCUCUCAACUAAAGAAGCUUGUCUACUGGCAUAAAUAUCCGGGUCGGAAGAGUCCUAAUUCAUUUUCUCCUAUCGCAUUGGUCGAAGCUAUCCUACCUGCAAAGCAUACGUUACUACACUUGGAAAUGUAUUGCAACAGUGCAAAAAUCCCACUCUUUCCGAUACAGACUUUAGUCGAUUCCCGGUUGAGAGAAUUUACCGGACUAAAAACGCUCGUGGUUGAUGAAGAAAUCUUUUGCCAACACUGGCUGUCAGAUUCAUGCCAAGACUCGUGCCUUGUUGAUAUUCUACCUGCGGGUGUCUCAUCACUUACUGUCCGGAUACAUGACAAGUAUAAGGUAGUGCCAGACAUAGUCCGACUAGGGCGAGACGUAGCCUCGGGUCGCUAUUCACGGCUGUCCCGUCUCCAAGUAUACGUGCUCCGUGAUGUUGCAGGACCCUUAGAUCCUUACAACUUUGAUGAACUCUUGGAUGUCUUCGACUCGGAGGAGUAUUUCUUGUAUGGUGUUCAGUCGGGUCAGUGGCAACAGGCUAUACAGGCCCUGGCAGACACAAUCCGACCAACGGUCGUGCAGGCAUUUAAUGGCACAGAUGUUGCAGUAAAGGCGGAAUAUCUCUAUGAGGUAACAGUUUCGGAAGAGCAGAGAUUGUAA